CAUACAUUUGGUUUCCUGCAUAACAAUGAAACUCCUGGUGCUGAUCGCGUUGGUGGGCUCGGUGCUGGCCGAGGAGCCAAUUAGUCUCUACUACCACGAGAACGUGGGCAUCCCUCUGGCGGCCGCCAUCAAGAGAAGCGAGGAAGCGGGCGACUUCGAUGGCUCCAGGAUCACCGGAGGCUCGGCCGCUAACCUUGGUGACCACCCUCACUUGGGUGGUUUAGUGAUCACUCUGCAAUCUGGCGCUACCUCUGUGUGCGGCUCCUCUCUUCUCUCCAAUACCAGAGCGGUCACCGCCGCCCACUGCUGGUUCGACGGCCGUCAGAACGCGAGACAGUUGACCAUCGUGCUGGGCUCCCUCCGCCUGUUCUCCGGCGGUACCCGUAUCACAACCUCCUCCGUCGCCGUGCACGCCAACUACAACCCCAACAACCUGAACAACGACAUCGCCAUCAUCAACCUGAGCUGGGUCUCUUACACCAAUAACAUCCAGCCUGUGAGCCUACCCACCAGUUUGGUCAACAACAACUUCGCUGGAUCUUGGGCGUGGGCUGCCGGCUUUGGAGCUACUGGUGACAACAAUCCUAUCACCAACAAUCAGAUCCUAAGCCACGUGCAGCUGCAGGUCAUCACCAACUCCGUGUGCGCCUCCACCUACGGUAGCAACGUCGUGGUCAGCUCCACGCUCUGUGUGAGCGGCGCCGGCGGUCGCAGCACCUGCGGCGGUGACUCCGGCGGCCCUCUGUGGCUAUGGAACGGCAACCAGCGCACUCUGAUCGGUGUGGUAUCAUUCGGCUCGGCGUCCGGCUGUCAGCGCGGUCUACCCGCCGCUUUCGCCCGAGUGACGUCCUUCUUGUCUUGGAUCCAAGCUAGAUUGUAAUCGAUAUCUCUCUCCAAUUGGACUAGUGGCUAAGUUAAUGUAAAUAAUAAAGUAUUUUUUGCAAUAUA